AUGGACUCUUCGCAUUCUACGCUCACGUUGCAAAGCAAUGUGGGAGACUGGUUAGUAUCGCCUGUUUCAGCGUCUUCUUCGUCGCCAGUACCGCUUUCGCUCAGCACUGACUUUUUCAACCAUGAGAACGAUUCCGUAGAGACGAUAACCAUGGACAAUCGUCACCGUCGGGUUUCUAACUCUAACAUGACGGUAGGGCAGAGCGGGACCCCCAGGUCGGGGUUCAUGAUUCCUGCAUCGGCCGUUUCUUCUUCGGAGGACAAUCGCAGCCCUCGCGAUGGCGAGAAGGACGAUAUAUCAAAGUGCAUCAGUAACUUGAACCUAUAUGAUUUGCUAAACAGCACCACCACACAAAGUUCAAGCGAAAACUCGAGUUCUGACAUCAGCGAUGUUUCAGAAGUAGAGAUGGACUUGGAUCACAAUGCUAUUCCAAGAAAUACUAGUCAAAGAGCCAAUAAGGGCUCUAACGUACUCAAGAACUUGACUAGCAGCGGUAACAAAGGCAACCAUCACGAGACUUUGGGUUCGGAAUCUACAGGUACAGACUCAAGAUCUCCAUCCGGUUCUCCAUAUCCUGUUGCCUCUACUGUGUUGUCAACCGACUCGGGUACCUCAUCCUCCUCCACGGCGGCUAAUCAAAAUACAAACAACAUUGGAAGAUUGUAUAAACAAACCUCGCAUCCACCGAUCUUGAAGAAACUUAAGUCUUCAUUGAAACUUUCGUCUUCUUCAAGUCAGUCAUCUAUUUCCUCAAACAAAUCGGUCAGAUUUGCUUCUGAACUCACAAAAGUGAAAUGCUUUGACUCCUCGAUGGAACCAGUCACUAUCUCGAACGAAACGUCUCCUCAAAUUUCGCCUCUCGAUCGUGAAUCCCCACAUUCACAUGGUUCCUCAAGCUCGACCUCGUACUCUUCUAACAUUGGUAGUCGUCUGGACCCAUCCGAUUCUUUUUGGUUUGGUACUCAACUCUCAAAGAUGAAUUUACCAUUAUCCAAAUCUAUUCCAAAAUUCUCCUUGUCUGAUUCAGAUAAUGAUUUGGAGGACUCCGAUUCUGAUUUCGAUUUAGACCACUUGAACGAUCCAAUGAAGGAUAAUUAUUGCUACCUUCCAACAAACUAUCCCAGAACAUUUUCGACCAAUUCAAACUCGAACUCUACUCCGAGCUCCAGUUCAAACUCGAACACUUUUUCUCAUUAUGGAUUUAUGUUUAAAACCAAUAACAGUAACGAUACAAUGGCUGAAAACGUGUAUGAUAGCUCUUCAAACGCCAAUAAAUUCAACAAAAACAACAUUGACUACAAUAACGGUUUUAACUUUAACCUGAAUGCAUCUCCAACAAAGGAUCCGAUUCAGAUCAAAUCAUGGAUUCUCAAAGAUACUAAUAUUAAAAAAUUCUGCCCAACUUCUAUGGACUUGAAUCGGGAUUUGGGCAACUACUUGCAAGGAAGCAACAUCAAACUUCAUGAAUGUAACUCGCUGCAAUUAUCGCAAGGAAAGCUUACUGGCUUAAUAUACGUGGCAAAUCUAAGUUUCGAAAAAUUCAUCGAAAUCAAGUUUUCUUUUAAUGACUGGAAAGAUAUCCACUAUGUCACUGCUAAUUACAAGCGUACCAUUACUGACACUAUUGAUGAAUUUCAAUUCGUCAUCAAUUUGUCCUCAUUCGUAUACUUUUUGAAGGUUAAAAAUUUGAUUUUACACGACACUCUCGUAUCCCCAAUCAAAAUUCACCUUUGCUGUAGAUAUGAUGUGAAUGGGGAGACUUAUUACGAUAACAAUAAUUACGAAAACUACAAAGUGUCUUUGGAUGCAAUCACAAACGUGAGACAGAAGUCAAAGAGAAAGACAAGCCGUCCACGUUUAUUGAAGUCAUCGGCCAUCAUGAAGAGAUCCCUUAGCUCUGACAACUUCGUGACAGACUUUAGUAACAAAUCUACUCCGCCCUCUGAUCCUGCUAAGGCUGCACCACCAAAGCUUGGUAGGAGAUUCUCUGAGGAUACAGACUACUUUAAUUCUUCACCUUUGAAGAACGUUUCCACAAAUUAUACUACCGCACCAUUAAACCAGAAUGACCCAAAAUAUGAUGAAUUGAUCAAAUCAUACUGCUUUUAUGAUCCAAAUGCAGCUUCAAAAUCCAGAUCGCAUAAUGAUUUUAAUAUUGCAUCUUCCAGCUCUACUAAUUCUAGGUCUGAAUCUGUAGAGCAUUUAAACUCAAGUUUCAAUUCCAAUUCUACUUUAAUACAUGGAUUUGACGGCGCUACGGAAAAUAGUGCUACAACAAGCAAAUCUUCACCAACAAUAAACAUUUGA